GUUUGCAGAAGAGCAGACAUCACAGCCACAAUGAAGCUUCUAAUAGCUUUAUUCUUCCUAUCUGUGGUGCUUUCAUGGACAAUGGGUGGUGAAUCGAAGGGAGAAAACAUGCAGAGUGACAUGCAUGAUUAUAACAUCCUUCAAGACACUGACCAAGCUGUAGCUCCAAAAGCAAUUGACAUGCCAACAUGUUUACUGUGUGUUUGCCUGACUGGAUCCGUCUAUUGCGAGGAGGUGUCCCCUGAAAUGUCAGCAGUUCCUGCAUUGCCAAAAGAAACAGUUUAUCUCUUUGCACGCUUCAACAAAAUCUCCAAAAUAACUAAUAACGAUUUUGCAGACAUCAGCACACUCAAAAUAAUUGAUUUAAGUUGGAAUCUUAUCACGGAGAUUGAGGAUGGAGCUUUUUCCAGACUUGCAAAUCUUGAGGAGCUCAAUCUUGCUAAAAACAGGCUGACUAAAUUGCCCACACUUCCCAUCAGGCUGAUGUCUUUCAACGCCAACUUCAAUAAGCUUACAACACAAGGUGUAAAGUCCACUGCUUUCAAGAAACUCUCAAGACUGGCAUAUCUUUACCUUGGAAACAAUGAGCUGACCGCUAUUCCUCAACUUCCAGAAUCUCUACAUACUGUGCACCUACAUAACAACAAGAUCAAAACAAUGACAGACGAGACAUUCUGCCAAGGAAACACCAGUUACUACAUCCGAGCAAACAUGCACGAGGUGAGACUGGAUGGAAACCCCAUCCAGCUGUGGAAGUACCCUUUCAGCUUCAUCUGCCUGCACAAUCUGCCAAUCGGGUUGUACAACUGAAUAAGACAUGUUUGCCUUAGACUGAAGAACCAACAUAUAGUGAAUAAGGAUUUUUUUUCCUAUAGCUGUUGCUACAAUACAGUAUUCAAAUUAAUAUAGACAUCUCCAUAAUCCAGCUAAAGCACCAGAAGUAACAGGAAAUUAGCUUUUUUUUGUCAUGUACUGAAAAGGACAUUUUGUUUUCAGUCUUGGCAGGGGCUACUUUGUAUUUAAAGCCAAAUCAAACACUUCAGUGGUGAUUGUGAACAUACAGUCAUUUAUUUUGAAUGUAAACCUACGCAAAUAAACAAUAAAAG